ACAACAUGUCCAGCUGGACCACAGGGACUGCCUGGUCUGCCAGGGAUGAAGGGACAUCGAGGUCUUCCAGGUGUGGAUGGUUUGCCGGGUACCCAAGGUGUAAAGGGAGAGCGAGGGGCCGCUGGAGAGCCAGGUCCUCCUGGACGUCCAGGAGAUGAUGGUCAGCGAGGACCAAUUGGAUUCCCUGGAACUCAUGGUGAUAAAGGAGAUCGGGGUCCUCCUGGAUUCAACGGGAUCCCAGGACCUACUGGACCACCAGGAUCACCAGGUGUUGAAGGCAUCAGAGGGCGACAGGGACAUCCUGGGCCUAAAGGAGAUGAUGGUGCGAUUGGAGCCCCGGGAGAGAUAGGAGCUACUGGAGCCAAGGGAGACACUGGUGAGCCAGGAAAGCAUGGAUCUGAUGGAGCACCAGGAGCUCCGGGAGAGAAGGGAGAACCAGGUCUGCCUGGAGCCAUCGGUGUCAGAGGAAUUGUGGGAAUUCCAGUGAGUUAA